GUUCGCCUCUCCUUUGCUGCUACUACGCGAAAUCGAGAAUGAGGGUGGGUAAGAAGAGCUCCGUUCUGGUCAAUUCCCUGAAAAAGAAUGACAAGGAAAGAACUAUUAAGGAGAAAAAGGUGGAUGAAAGCAAAAAGAAGAUGAAGCAGAAUACAAAUACCAAGGAAAGAACCCAACCCCAGGAAGAUUUUAUUGAGAAGAAGCAACCUGAACAAGAAUCAGCUAGUGGGUCGGAGUCUGACUAUGAGGACUUCUCUGAGGAUUAUAACUCUGAGGAAGAAGGAUCCUUAACCGAGUCAGGAGCUGUAGACAGUGAAACUUCAGGAGAUGAGGGCUUUGAAGAGAGUGAUGACAAUGAAGGCGUGGAUAGUGAUCACGGUCAAGACAGGAGUGGGAGUUCUGAUUCUCAUCAGGGAGUUAAAGAGAGUGAUUCAUCUGAAGAUGAGGUGGCACCUCGAAAUACAAUUGGAGAUGUUCCGUUGGAGUGGUAUAGAGAUGAGAAACAUAUUGGAUAUGACAUUGCUGGGAAGAAGAUAACAAAGAAAGAAAGACAGGAUAAAUUGGAUUCCUUUCUUGCAAAUGUUGAUGACUCAAAAAAUUGGCGCAAGAUCUAUGAUGAGUAUAAUGAUGAGGAGAUAGAGCUAACGAAAGAAGAGACCAGACUUAUUAGUAGGAUGCUCAAAGGAAAGGCACCACAUGCUGAUUUUGAUCCUUAUGCGCCUUAUGUAGAUUGGUUUAAAUGGGAUGAUGCGAAGCAUCCAUUGUCCAAUGCACCAGAACCAAAAAGGAGGUUCAUUCCUUCAAAAUGGGAGAAUAAAAUGGUUGUUAAGCUUGUAAGAGCCAUUCGCAAAGGGUGGAUAAAGCCUGAGAAGCCAAAAGAAGAAGAACCCAGUUUCUAUCUCCUAUGGGGAGAUGAUUCCAGUACAGCUGAGAGUAAUAGGAACUUGUCAUACAUACCCCCACCAAAGCCAAAAUUUCCAGGUCAUGAGGAAUCAUAUAAUCCUUCUUUAGAAUACAUACCAACUCAAGAAGAGAUUAAUUCUUAUCAGCUUAUGUAUGAGGAAGAUCGCCCUAAAUUCAUACCUAAAAGGUUCACAUCCUUCAGAAGUAUUCCAGCAUAUGAAAAUGCUGUCAAGGAAUCAUUUGAACGUUGUUUGGAUCUAUACUUGUGCCCUAGAGUGCGCAAGAAACGUAUUAAUAUAGACCCUGAAUCUUUGAAGCCUAAGUUGCCUAGUCGAAAAGAUCUCAGGCCUUACCCGGUAACAUGUUUCCUUGAGUAUAGAGGUCAUCAAGGAGCAGUUACAUCAAUAUCUGUUGAACAUUCUGGACAGUGGAUUGCUUCGGGUUCAAUUGAUGGAACAGUUCGUGUGUGGGAAGUAGAGACUGGUCGAUGCCUUAGAGUCUGGGCAGUUGAUGAAGCUGUACAGCAUGUAGCAUGGAAUCCUUUGCCGGAGCUUCCUAUCUUGGCAGUUGCUUUGGGAGCUGAUGUACUCAUUUUGAACACUGGGCUUGGCAAUGAAGAAGAGCAGAAGAAGAUCAAAGAGCUUCUGCGUGUUGAGACACCUGCAGCUCCUGAUGAAUCUGGUGACACGGCAUCUGUUUCAAGCUGGCUUCAAGAUGAAAAGAAUGAGGCAAUCAGGCUAAAGCAUUUCAAGACUGUGUCUUCUGUAGAAUGGCAUCGUAAAGGGGAUUAUCUCUCUACAGUAAUGCCAGCAGAUAUCCUUCUACUGAUAGGGGCCAGGGGGAGUCUAAACUCUAAAGAGUCUAUUUCUUCCUGAAAAAAUUGCCUUUGUUAUUGGCCCUUGGUUUGGUCCCAUUUUGGCAUUUUGCUAAAAUAUUAGAUGACUUUAAAUAUUGGUGUCAUGCAUCAUCUGCUUGAUGGCUGGGGGGGUUGAUUUACCUAGAUAGUAGAUGGCAAGAUGGUAAUCUAUGUGAAAAAAAAUUGCCUAGUUGGUCCAGGUUACUAGAGUUUCACUUGUGAUUCCUUGUGAUCACACAUCAUUUCUGUCAAAACGUGGUUCACUUUUUUAUUAUGCAAUUUUUCUUAUCUUUUGUUUGGGGCAGGGGGCUGUAGUUUGAUUGUGCCACUUGAUAUGAAUAAGUAAUUGAUUUGAUCAGUUUGAUGGAUUUCUUAACUUGUUAAUUACGUGAAAAAAGAGCAAUACUUAUACACCAGAUCUCCAAAAGGGUUACCCAAAUACUCCCUUUUAAGCUCCAUGGACUUCCGGUAUCAUCAGUUUUUCAUCCCAAUCGUUCUAUCUUCUUUAUUGCAACAAAGAAGACUGUUCGUGUAUAUGAUCUUCUGAAGCAAAAGCUCAUUAAAAAACUUGAGACUGGAUUGCGUGAAGUAUCAUCAAUAUCAGUCCAUCCUGCUGGUGAUAAUGUUAUUGUGGGGAGUAAAGAAGGAAAACUAUGUUGGUUUGACAUGGACCUUUCUUCCAAACCUUACAAAACCCUCAAGUGUCACCCAAAAGACAUUACAAGUGUAGCCUUCCAUCGCUCAUACCCCUUAUUUGCAUCUUGCUCGGAUGACUGCACAGCAUAUGUUUUUCAUGGCAUGGUUUAUGCGGAUCUUAACCAGAAUCCUCUUAUCGUUCCAUUGGAAAUUCUUAGAGGCCAUACAACUUCAAAUGGCAGAGGGGUUUUGGACUGUAAGUUCCAUCCAAGGCAGCCAUGGCUAUUCACUGCUGGUUCAGAUUCUUUGAUCAAACUGUAUUGCCAUUAAAAUAAUGGGGAAGGAAGAAAGAUUCAUUAAUUUUUGGCUCAUACGGUUAUCAAUUCACCAGAAGGGUGGCUGAUUUAGAUCUUCCCUUUGCUGAUUUUUGACUCAAGAGUGUAACAUAUAUCGUGAACUCAACAAUAUUCUGCCUAUUGUCUUGUUGUUUCAUUUUCUCAUUUUAAAAAUUUUAUAAUCCAUUCCAAUAUUUCAUAACGGAGUAUGGACUCUGGAAUGGUAAAUUUCUUUGUACCAAAGUUUCUGAAUCGACUCUACUAGCAAAGAAUUAUUCGGACAACUAUGAUCCUUU